UUUCAAAAGCCCAGAAUCCACCAUUCCAUUUUAGCUGCUUUCUAAACUCUGAUCUCUCUUUUCCAAAUCCUAAGAAUUUAACUCACAAACCGAUCAUGGCUUGUUUAAAGGCCAUCAACCAUUUCCAGAUCCUCUCAUCAUCGAAUUCCACAAAACCGUUAAGUUCAGACGCCAAGAAAACCAUAUUCACCAAUAAAAGUCUGAACUUUGAUGCAAAAUUUUCGUCUAAAACCAGUAGGCAUCAAUUACGCCUUGUGCCCGUCAAUGUUGUGACGAAAGAGGAAAAAGACUUGGUCGCAGCUGAAACUAGUGAAAAGAAUGGUGAGGAGAAAGCAAUUAGUGGUGGAGAAGUGAAGGAAAAGGGCAGGAUACUAUCUACUCUACUGGAGGAUAAAGAAAGGUUGCUGAAUGCUGCUAUUGUACUUGGAGUUGGUACUCUUGCCAUUACCAAGUUGCUCUCCAUUGAUCAUGAAUAUUGGCACGGAUGGACCCUUUAUGAAGUGUUGAAGUAUGCCCCUGAGCACAAUUGGAUUGCAUAUGAAGAAGCUCUUAAAUCCAAUCCUGUUGUGGCUAAAAUGACGAUUAGUGGGAUUGUCUACUCUGUAGGAGAUUGGAUUGCACAAUGUUAUGAAGGGAAACCGCUUUUCGAGUUUGACCGACAGAGGAUAUUUAGAUCAGGUCUUGUUGGUUUCACCCUUCAUGGAUCGCUUUCUCACUACUAUUACCAAUUUUGUGAGGCUCUUUUUCCUUUCAAUGAUUGGUGGGUUGUCCCUGCCAAAGUAGUAGUUGACCAAACUAUCUGGUCUGCAGUUUGGAACAGCAUCUACUAUGUGGUUCUGGGGUUUUUGCGCUCUGAGUCCUCGGCUAGUAUAUUCGAUGAACUGAAGUCAACAUUUUGGCCUAUGUUAACUGCAGGAUGGAAGCUUUGGCCGUUUGCUCAUGUAAUCACCUAUGGCGUGAUUCCAGUAGAGCAAAGACUUCUUUGGGUGGACUGUAUGGAACUUAUUUGGGUCACCAUACUCUCAGGGUUCUCAAAUGAGAAAUCAGAAGCACGGUUGUCUGAAGCAGCAGAAGAUGACUCUAGCUAAGCAUCAAGCAAACCCAAGGAGUAUUGGCAAAUAAAUUGUAUUCCGUCAUGUGAUGCUGGGAAUUGAAGAAAGUGUGGGCCAAAAGCACAUUCUUUUUCUUUCAGCUGAAAGAUUGCUCAGUUAAUGGAAAAAAUUAUGCUGUUGCUAUACAUCUGUAUGCCUCCUCUUUGGACAGCAAGAAUCUGUCUAUUCUUCUUCUUCCCAUUUUCUUAGAAUUCUACACUCUCUUUUUCCUGUACUCUAGAGCGGUUUUCUCCCAGGUUGGCCCGGUGCUGUUGCAGAAGGGUUAGGGUUUGCUUGGAUUGCAUUUUUGGACUUUUUGUAAAAAAUUACUGUAGCGAUUUGAUAUAUGUGAGAUAAAAAAGUGAUUGAAAAAUGUGUCAACGAUGAAAAAUUGCAAUCCAAACACACCCUUAGUUAAUGAUUAGCUGGUCAUGCUACUUAGAUACGCCAUGAGGAUGCAGUAUAUAUAAAUUUGUAAUCUUUUAUUAUUAUUAUUUUUUGCCCUGCUUCUUCUUAUUAAAAUACCAGAAAAACCAUGAUAAAUAUUCAACAUCGAGUAGUAGCAGGAAAAUUUUCUUGAGUUUGACUCGUUUCUUAUACCAGAUGAUUUUGAAGGAGUGCAGUAUAAUGUUGGAGAUGUAAUCCUAAGUAUUCGAACAAGAUAGACUUCCAUUCAAGAAAUUCAGGAUAAAAAUCUAAUUGCAGUGUCCCUGAAUGUUAUUAAAGGUGUAAAAUAUGUUAAUUACAUGCAAGGCAAUUUUGGACA